UGCCAGGGUCGUGCUCCUCGCCCUCAGGAGUUCAGUCCUGGUGACCACACCCCUCAGGGAGCCCUCGGGUUUGGGGUGUUUUGUGUGGCAGCUCCCAAAGAGGCACAGUUGGUUAUUUUUCCAGAAAAGUCCUAGGAGGAUCCUCCAGAGAUCGGGGACUCAGCUGCGUGGGCUGUUUCCAGGUUCCCCUCACACCACCUGCAGACGGCCAGCUUCACUAAUUCGAUGGCCCACCGGGAGCUGGCAGAGAACUAAACUGCUCCUCACCACCACCAGGAUUCCCAGGAAGCCUGUGGCUGGACUCGGGCUGGGGAUGCCAUCCUGGAGGCUGUGCUGGGUGGAGCAGCCAGGCCAGCAGACCUGUUCGGAAUUUGGCUGUCUAAACUGAGUCCACAAUAAGGAAUAAAGCUUAUGGGAUGUGUGGGCCUGAGACCAUCACUGCCAACGAGCCCUGGGGUCUGUGUCCCCUCCUCCAACUGCGGAAGUCCCCUUGGGGACAACAGGAAAAGGGGGCUUUAAGUAACUCUGUGGACAUUCUUCUGAGCUUGGAUUUGGGAUCUCCCCCCAGACUGCUUGUGUUUCACUACAGAACGUAGCCAGAGUUUGGACAAUCGUCUUACCUGAGCAGGCUCUCUCUGUCCCCAGCAGGCAUGGCCAAGACCUGUGGACGAGAUGCCUUUUGGCCCAUUGGCUCCGUUCCCCUCCUCCUCCUGCAUCUGCUGUCUGGCACCAUCCCUGGAAACGGAAGGAAAGCCGAUUUUAAGGUCUUGGGGCCCAGUGAGCCUGUUUGGGCCAUGGUUGGGGGGAACGUGGACCUGCCGUGCUAUCUGUCCCCCGAGAUCAGCGCUGAGGACAUGGAGCUGCGGUGGUACAGGGACCAGCCCUCCCCCGCCGUGCACGUGCACAGGAAAGGGAAGGACGUGCCGGAAGAGCAGAUGGCGCUGUAUCAGGGAAGGACCACCUUCCUGAAGGACGGGGUGGCCCAGGGCCGGGCCUCGGUGAGGAUACACAAUGUCAUCACUUUCGAUAACGGGAUGUUCCACUGCCAGUUCAAUGACAGCACCGUGUCUGCGGAGGCCACGCUGUGGCUGAGGGUGGCAGGGCUGGGCUCUGAGCCCAGAAUCCAAGUGCAAGUUGACCAGGAUGGAGUUGUCCAGGCGGAGUGCACCUCGGCAGGCUGGUACCCAGAGCCCCAGGUGGAGUGGAGAGACUUCCAGGGACAGACCCUUCAUUCUGAGACCAACAUCUCGGUCUCGCCGACGACUGGCCUCUGGGCUGUGGCCUCCAGCCUGACCGUCCCCAGCAAGGCUGUGAGCGGCCUGGCCUGCUCCGUCUCUAGCCCCCCCUUUCCAGAGAAGAAGGUGUCCAGGUACCAGCUGUCUGAUCCCGCCUCUGGAUUGUUCCUGUCCAUAGCCUGGAAGAUAGUUCUGUCUCUGUUUCUCGCAGCAGCAGUACUUGUAGCCGCAAUCACCUGCCUCUUGCGGAAGCAUCCAAGGGUUAUCACACCCUUGUACCCGGACACUGCAAGCUCGAAACUCUUUCUGUUUAUGGAUGGGAAGAGUGUGAUUCAGCUGAUCUUCAGCUGUAAGCUGCCCAACGACCUUGGCAGAUUUGUCUCAGACACCUGUGUGCUGGACUGGGAGCCGUUCCCCUCUGGGCGGCAUUCCUGGGAGGUGGAGGUCGGGCGCAGGAAGGUCUGGAUCCUGGGCAUGUGUGUGGAGAGUUUAGAUCAGAAGGCAAGGGUCCCCAAGUCGCCCCAGCAUGGGAUCUGGGCUGUGGAAUUGUACAAGAAGGAGCACCAGGCCCGCACCUUUCCGAGGGUUCGCCUCCACCCUCCGCAGCCCCUGUACCGGGUGCGCGUUCUAUUGGACUGUGACGCCGACACGCUCACCUUCUACAGCGUGGAUGACAGAUGCCUCAUCUGCACAUUCUCUGUACCCUCUUGCUUCGUCUCCCUGCAGCCAUUCUUCUGCCUGUGGACACGCGACCCCAGCCCCCUGACCAUGUACUGAGGACAUUGGCCCCAGGGGCCUCAGACCCUCCCCAGGGUCAGGGACAAGAGACGGACUGGGACCUUCCUCCGAUGAGGCCCACCUUCUCCCCAGCCCAGUCCAGUUCAGAUCUUUGGGAGAUGUAUCUAAUCUCUUAAAUCAGAGUGGGGCCCCUCACAAGCGUGCAACUUUGUGAAUUAUUCUGUUUCAGCUUUAUUUCUCUGAAAAAUGAUGACAAUAUGUUGUAGGCUGAAUUGUGUUCCCUCCUAUUCAUAUAUUGGAGCCUCAAUCCCCAGAACCUCAGAAAGGGAGUGUAUGUGGAGAUGGGGCAUUUAAGGAGGUGGUGAAGUUAAAGUGAGGUCACUGGUGUAGGCCCUGAUCCCACACGAUGGUGUCCUUACAAGAAGAGGAGAGGAGGACACGGACACACACAGAGGGAUGACCAUGUGAGGACAUGAAGAAGACAGCCAUCUCCACACCCAGGAGAGGCCUCAGGAGGGAGCAGCCCUGCCCUCACCUGGGCCUCUGACUUCCAGCCUCCAGACUGGGAGACAAUGAACGCUGUGGAUUGAGCCCCAGUCUGUGAUUUUUCUUACGCAGCCCAAGCUGACGGAGCCUCCAUGUUAUUAUACACCACUGGGUGACUCUGGGAAACGUGCUUGGGGCAUUUGUAAAACAUUGACCCCAGAGCCAGGCACGUGCUAGUAGCUCAAUAAAACCCAGCCUUCCACCUC